CUCCCCCUCCAGUAAAUGGCGCAUUUCCGCAAGUUUGCCAACCCAGGCCCGCUGGGUCUCUCGUCAUUCGCGCUGACGACAUUCGUCCUAAAAUGGGCUCGCCGCCCAAUAUUCGUAUUGGGCCUGGCCUUCUUCUACGGCGGGCUCUGCCAGAUUUUGGCGGGCAUGUGGGAAUUCGCCUCCAACAACACAUUCGGCGCCACGGCGAUUCACCUCGCCGGCGGCAACGUCAAGGCCCACGCCUUGGGCAUUUUCCUGCUGGGCUGGGUCAUCAUGACGUUUAUUUUCUUCCUGGCCACCCUGCGCACCAACCUGGGGCUCUGCCUGCUGUUUGCGUUCCUGGAUAUUACGUUUAUUCUGCUGUGCGCAGGCGACUGGACGGGCAAGAGCGAUGUCACCAAGGCCGGCGGGUACUUUGGCCUGUUCACGGCGCUGAUUGCCUGGUAUAUUGCGGCGUCGGAUCUGAUCAAUACGGGCAACAGCUACUUUAACCUGCCCAAUCCGUCGCUGGCGCCCCGGUCGGUGCGCACGCUGGAUGCCGAGGACGGCUGA